AAGAAAUUCAUGAAAUACAUGUAUUUGAAAAUGAAUUUAAAAUUCCAACUUGAAUCGAGUAUGCAUCAUUCACAGUUGACUAUACUGGCACAACCUCAUAUUGUGUGAAUGUCCAUUGAGGUCAAACAGCUUACUGCCUCUCAUUAAUAUUAUAAUGUAAUGGCUGUUUGCUCUAAUUUAUUUCUUUUAUUACAUAGAACUAUCGAAUCGUUUAGUAUCUACGACGGGGUCCGAUGCGGCGAAAUGGAUUCACAACUCUCUUCUUUUCAUUCCACAAAUAUCAUAUCAUAUCAUACAUGUUGCCUGUUUGAAACUCUAGCGGCUAAUCUAUCAACAUUCACCAUAUCAACUCUUUCAACUUUCAACUUUCAACCUAUUUAAACCACAAAUUCAUUGCCUCACAAACACACAGAAGUUCAUUUCUACAUUAAACUACAAGGACAUGGCAGGCAUUGAAGGGUCUCCUGGGAGCUCGAUGCAUGGAGUUACAGGAAGGGAGCCUGUGCAUGCCUUCUCGGUGGCGUCUCCGAUCGUACCGACGGACACAACGGCGAAGUUUGAUCUGCCGGUGGACUCGGAGCACAAGGCAAAGAAAUUCAAGCUGUUUUCAUUUGCGAAUCCGCACAUGAGGACCUUCCAUCUCUCGUGGAUUUCCUUCUUCACAUGUUUUGUGUCUACGUUUGCUGCGGCGCCGCUGGUGCCGAUCAUCCGAGACAAUCUGAACCUGACAAAGAGCGACAUCGGGAAUGUGGGAGUGGCGUCAGUGUCGGGAAGUAUAUUCUCGAGGCUGGUGAUGGGAGCAGUGUGCGAUCUGCUGGGGCCGCGUUACGGAUGCGCCUUCCUAGUGAUGCUGUCAGCCCCGACCGUGUUCUGCAUGUCGUUAGUGUCCUCGGCGGGAGGAUACGUAGCGGUGCGGUUCAUGAUUGGGUUCUCGCUGGCGACGUUCGUGUCGUGCCAGUACUGGAUGAGCACGAUGUUCAACAGCAAGAUCAUAGGGACGGUGAACGGCACAGCCGCGGGGUGGGGAAACAUGGGAGGCGGCGCCACUCAGCUGAUCAUGCCGGUGCUGUACGACAUCAUCAAGAAGACGGGGUCCACACCUUUCACCGCGUGGAGGAUCGCCUUUUUCAUUCCAGGAUGGCUUCAUAUCAUUAUGGGGAUUCUUGUUAUGACAUUAGGCCAAGACUUGCCUGACGGAAACCGCAGUGCCCUCCAGAAGAAGGGGAAUGUUGCCAAGGACCAAUUUGGCAAGGUCUUGUGGUAUGCUGUUACCAACUACCGAACAUGGAUCUUCGCCCUCCUCUACGGCUACUCCAUGGGAGUCGAACUGUCCACCGACAACGUCAUCGCUGAGUAUUUCUACGACAGAUUUGAUCUGAAGCUCCACCUGGCCGGUAUAAUCGCUGCCACUUUCGGGAUGGCCAACCUCCUGGCUCGUCCCUUUGGCGGAUUUGCUUCUGAUUACUCAGCUAGAUAUUUUGGAAUGAGGGGCAGAUUGUGGACGCUUUGGAUCCUCCAGACGCUUGGCGGUGUCUUCUGUCUUCUGUUGGGAAGGGCGGAUUCUCUUCCUCUGGCUGUCGCCUUUAUGAUCAUCUUCUCCAUUGGAGCACAGGCUGCCUGUGGAGCCACCUUCGGAGUCAUCCCUUUUGUGUCUCGGAGAUCGCUGGGAAUCAUCUCCGGGCUGGCCGGGGCCGGAGGAAACUUCGGAUCAGGAUUGACACAGCUGCUGUUUUUCUCGACUUCGAAAUACACGACAGAGGAGGGAUUGGAGUAUAUGGGGAUAAUGAUAAUAUGCUGCACUCUGCCGGUCAUGUUAGUGCAUUUCCCGCAGUGGGGAAGCAUGUUCCUUCCUCCCAACAACAAGGCUUCCGAAGAGCACUACUACACCUCCGAGUAUACAGAGGAAGAGGUCCAGAAGGGAAUGCACCACAACAGCCUCAAGUUCGCCGAGAACAGCCGCUCCGAGCGCGGCAACCGUAUCUCCUCCGCCCCAACCCCACCCAACGCUACUCCCAACUAUGUCUGAUCUCAUGUAACAAUCAACGGUUCUAAUUAAUACAUUUCAUUUUCCCAAUGAUCAAUGGUUCCAUUGAUCAAAUAUGGAUCCAAAUUUUCAAAUUCCUAUGCUGUUGUAAAGUCCAUUUUCACUGUCUGCAUAUUUCUUGUUAUUUACAAGUCAGACAUGUUAGAAAUAAUGGGAAGAAAUUCUCAAGCCGUGUACAGGUGGUACUCUAACUAUUACAAUCGAAAGGAAACUUGCAACAAAAGAGGAAUGAAAAUUACAACGGAAAUAAA